GUUGCAUUACAAUGUGUUUUUUCCCGCUUAUCGUAGCUCGCAAAUGUGCUACAAGGUCUUAGUGGGGUUAGAGAUCAGUUGUCGAAAUGGUUUUUUGGCAUCUAAUAAUUGUGCUAUAUUAUGUGAUGUAUAGCUGUUCCGUUAUAUUUUUGGGGAAAUUUGCCUUUUGUCAUCAAUAAUGUAUUUGCCUGCUUUGUUUUUAUCUUUUUUUUUUUUUGAUAAUUCUGCUUUGUUUUUAUCUUACAACAACAAUAAUAGAAGUACAUUAUCCUGAGUUAAUGAAGCUCUAAAAGGUCAUUAAUGGUGGAAGCCAAAAAGGGCAAUGAAAAAAAGAACAAGAAUGAUAAAGUUGACACUCAGAGUUUUGCUCCUAAAUCUGAUGAAGCUACUGGCCUUUCUAAUUUUUAUUGCAAUUUUUGGUUGCUAAGAUUAGCUAUGUUUUAUGAUAAGAUUUCUUGGGUUUUUUUUUUUUUUUUUUUUUUUUUUUUGGAGUGGUGAGUUUUAUGUUGAAUAUUUAGCCAUAGUUUUUUUUUUGUUUUUUUGUUUAACUGAAACGAUAUACUUCCUCCGUUUCAAAAUACUCGCUACCCUUUUCAUUAUGGGAAGUUUCACAUUACUUGCUACACUUCUUUUCUGGGCAAUAAAUUCUCUCUAUCUCUCUCCUCCCACAUGGGUCCCUUUUCUUUUUACUCUCUACCUCUCUCUUCUCCAAAAAUUGUCUAAAAGUCUGUGAAUUGAGAAGUGUAGCAAGUAAAAUGAAACGGAGAAAGUAUUAAAAGAUCAAAUCAUCAAGUUUAGCCAGUGCAACUAGCAUAGGGAUCUAUGAUCCCAUCAUUACAAGACAAACAUAACUGUUCAAAAUGAAACAUCCUUAGCCAUAGUUGUCUUUGUUCCUCAAAAUUCUGUCUCUAUGUUCUUAUUUUUGUAGAAUGAAGUUUCAAAAAAAUUCGAUUAUCUGUGCAACAGGUUUUUUUUUGGUUUGAUGCUGGACUUAUUUGUAACUUAUUUUCUGGGUGAAAUAAUUUUAGAUUUGAUUUUAGUUAUAGAUAUAGUUGUGAAAUUAUCUUAUAUAAGAAGAGGAAAUGAGUUGUUUGGAGGGAAAAACAAAAGAAAUAACUGAUGUGGGUCCCGCCACUAACGGAGUUUGGCAAAAUCCGUUAAGUGGCGGAGUUUAUAAAGGUUUUGUAAAGUUUAGGUGGAAAUUUAGGAAAAAAAUAUAAAGGUGGGAGUUUCUAAAUAAGUGAAAACUUAAGGUGAUUUUGUGCAAAUUUUCCUGAAAUUAAUUAGGUACUACUAUUUAUGAGUACUUGUAUGUGUGUUAGAUAGGCUUUAAUGUUAGAUAAAUUUAACUUUAAUUUCCACUUAUUUAUGAAUACUUGUCUGUGUAUGUGUUUGGACUUAGGAUGAUGGAUGGAAUGUGGUUGUUAUGUAACUAUAAGGAGGCACAAUUUGAUAUUAGGGUUGAUGAUAUUGAUAAAACAAAUUUGAUGAAUAUACUGAAUGAUAUACAUGAUGAGUCUGUGAAGCAAGGUGUGGGGUUACCUCCAAAUUUCAGAUUGUAUUAUAAGAAUCCUAGGACAAAACAAAGAGUGGAAUUGUAUAAAGAUGUGCAAAUGUCAAAUAUGUGGGGUGGAUUUGCUGGUAAGGAUGCUAUAGAGAUAUUCAUAGAGGAAACUAAUCAACCCCUUAGAUUUGUCUUCAAAUUUGUGCUUGAACUGAGGGAACAAGCAGAAAAGGAGAGGGAGGAAGAGAGAAGAAGGCAAGAGGAAGAGGAGAAAAUAUUGAGAGAGCUGGAGAAUCAAGAGCCUCCUCUGGCUAUUGAGAUUCCAGUUUACAGUGUUGAUGACCUUAGUGUCAUGGAGUGGUAUAGAGUGUAUUCCGAGGAAGAGGUUGUUAUGGGAGAGUCCGAACCCCAACCAGAUGCCACACAACCUGAAUACCCUCCAUCCUCGCCUCGUUCUUCCCCUGUCACACAACCACCUCAACCUCCAUCGUCUCCUCUUCCUUCCUCUGCCACACAGCCACCUCGACCUCCAUCAAAGAAGAGGAGAGAUAAAAUGGCGCCAUCUUUCUACAAGAAAAUGGGAGUCUGUUCAACCCAAGAUGACAAGAUCAGAAUUCCAGCAAAAUAUGUGAAGAGAUAUUAUGAAAAGCAAUUUGCAAAAGAUUACGUAAAUCUUAGAGCUGCCGAUGGUCGAGUUUGGAGAGUAGAGCUCUUGAAAGUGAGUGGAACAUUAUGGUUAAGUAAAGGAUGGGAAGUGUUUCUGGAGAGUUAUUCAAUUGAGUAUGGCUACUUAGUCUUAUUUAGUUAUAAGGAGAUUGAGGAUGAAUUUCAUGUCAACAUUUAUGACAAAACUUGUUGUGAAAUUGUGCACGAAUUUGCAUUUGAGAAUCAUACCGAUAAGGCUGAAGAAGUUGUAGGUUUUUCUUCGGAACAUGAAGAUAUUGAUCGAGAUGAUGAUGAUGAUGAUGAUGAUGAUGAUGAUUGCAUCGUUCCAUAUUCAGAGGAAGGGCCUAAUGGAAGCACUAAAGAAUUUGAAGAAUUUGAAUCUCUAAAUCCUCAUUUCAAGAGUAUCGUCCGACGUUGGAGUUUAACCUCAUGGGGAUUGACGAUUCCACUUCAAUAUGCCAGAGAGCAUUUGGACGGAAAGAAUAGGGAGAAGAUAAUAUUGGAAGGCCCAGGUAAGAUGAGAUACUAUAACGUGAAUGUAAAUGUGUAUCUGCGCAAUUGUGUCAAGGAAAAGGCACUAAUUUCUGGAUCCGUAAUGCGAAAGUUUUUUACGGACAAUGAAUUGAAGUUGGGAGAUUGUUGCGUUUUUGAGCUUAUCCACCCUCAGAGUAACACUUACAAGGCUACCAUCUUCCGUGCUCCAUAGCUUGUGAAAUACUACCUCUAUUUGUACUUUGAAAUUAUAUUAGUUUAAAGUUCGAAUUAUAUACUCUAUGUAGCUUACUAAUAGUUACAUAAGUGUUAGUCUUCGAGAUUGGUAAAUUCCUCGAAUUGCUGCGUUAAAAGCUAUUUAUGUUCUC